CUUUAUUUGCUUUCCAUCCCAUAAACCCUUCUCUUAUUCAUAGUUAUUUUUAGUUUCUCUUACAUUUAGUAUCCUAAAUAAUUCCUUGAAUUUCUCUCUUCUUUGUGCUUGACAUUUUGUCAUUGAACAUGAUGGAACAUAAUUUUAAGCACCAAAUUGGUUUUAUUUGUGUCAUGUUGUUCUUACCUGUCUUGUGUUCCUCUCAAGACUCUUUUGUUUGCUCUAGAGCAACCUAUUAUGGUAGCCCAGAUUGUUAUGCAAAUCCAAAGGGAGCUUGUGGCUAUGGUGAUUACGGACAGACAGUAAAUGAUGGCAAUGUCGCAGGCGUGUCUUGGCUAUGGAAGAAUGGAUCUGGUUGUGGUGCAUGCUAUCAAGUGAGGUGCAAAAUACCAGAAUUGUGUGAUGAGAAUGGAGCAUAUGUCGUGGUGACCGAUUUUGGCGUGGGAGACAGGACAGACUUUAUCAUGAGCCCACGUGGCUAUUCAAAAUUGGGCAAAAAUGGUGAUGCAUCUGCGGAACUUUUUAAAUAUGGUGUGGUGGAUAUAGAAUAUAAAAGAAUCCCUUGCAAAUACAAUGGCUAUAAUAUCUUGUUUAAGGUCCAUGAACGCAGCAAAAAUCCUCACUACUUAGCCAUUCUUAUUCUAUAUGUUGGUGGAACAAACGAUGUAACUGCUGUUCAGUUGUGGCAGGAAGAUUGCAAAGAGUGGAGACCAAUGCGUAGGGCAUUUGGAACAGUGUUUGAUGCAGAGAACCCUCCAAGAGGUGAGAUCAAGUUGAGGCUCCAAGUGAGUGGUAGUGCUGGGCUGUAUUGGGUGGAGUCCAAGAAUGUUAUCUCUAGUGAUUGGGAAGCUGGGUCUGUUUAUGACUCACAAAUUCAGUUUGAUUAAAAAUAAAAUUACUUAUAGAUAGAUUUGGAACUAGAUGACUAGUGUUUUAUUGUUUCUGGUUUGUGUAAUUCUAUAAAUUAAUGUUAUCUCUAUGUCCAAGAAUGUUAUCUCUAGUGCUCUUUGUUGUACUUGGACUGAAAUUAUGGGGAUUGGAUUUAUGUGCUUUUCAUGACUCGUCAAUAAAUGAAUAAAUAAAAUGUGACUUUUCUCCUUUA